UUCCGAUUCUUUGGACUUUUCAGUGAAAUCAAGCUUAAGAAUUCGCAAUUAAUAAGAAACAAUCUGUCAUUCCCCUUCCUCAAUUUCUCAGUUAUGUUUCUUUGUUUCUCACACAACUGCCUCUCACAUCUCAUACUUAAUAUUUUCUAAGAAGAGUCAAGAAACAAUGACUAUGAGUCUCUGAAAUCUCUAGUUCUUGCAACUUCUUAAACAAGAAUUCAGGAAUGGCUAAGACAAGGAGUAUGACUAGAAACCAUAAUCAUGAUGAUGAUCAUGCAUCAUCAUCAUCAAGCAGGAAGAGGUUCAAGACUUUUGACAAGGGUGGUGUGGCACCUUGGUCAAAUCUUAACCAUGAUGUGCUUUUUUUAGUUAUGAUGGAACUGGGAAUGGUUGAUUUUCUUGCAUUCGGUGGAGUUUGCAAGUCAUGGAGAUCAUUUGCAGCAUCUAACAGGAACAUGUUUAUGGCAUCUAAACCACCCAUGAAGACAUGUAUCGACCCCCAUGAUAAUAACAAAGACUUCUAUUUUUACAUGGAGGAUUUUGAAAGAAGAAGGUUCAAAACAAUCAUUCCCCAUUCUGCUGGUAGUACCUGUUUUGGUUUAACUUGUGGUUACCUGAUCUUAUAUGGAAGGGAAACCCAUAACUUCUGGCUUGUGAAUCCUAUCACAAAACAUGAACUUCAUUUCCCUGAUUACCCCUUCUUUUCAAUUGCUAAUGAAGAAGAAAUGAGGGCUAUCCUUGUCUUUUCACCUUCAAUGUCUCGGUGGGUGUUUGUUAUCUUACAUAGAUUGAUCAAGAUAAUAUCAUUUUGUAUAGCAGGUAAACGAGGAUGGAAUCAUGUCUCUUGCACUCAUCCCAUUGACUCGCCUCUCGCCAUUGUUGAUUUACAUGUUUUUAAGGGGAAGAUAUAUACCCUACAGUCUGAUUUUUCUUUAGCUGAAUUGAGACUCGAUCCGAAUCAGGAGCAAAAAUGGACAUUACUAGAAAUCAACAAUUUCCCGAAGCCGGAUCUGUUACAUCUGGAGCUUGUAAGUUCGGGUGAAAACCUUUAUGUGAUAAGUCGCAUUUCAGCAUUGAACAAGGUUAUGGAACUAGAUUUUGUCAAAACGAAAUGGGUGAAGCCAGAAAAGAUAAUAAGAGAAUAUGUAUUCUUUCAUAGCCGGUUGAAGUCUUCUGCUGCUAUUAAACGGACACAAUACAAGAGCUAUGAUUACUUCAAUGGCACUGCUGAACGUAAACAACGCAUGCUAUUUUAUGCUACCAUGUGGUACUUCCCCCAUGAUUGUUUGAAUGUUAAUCUCUUAGAUGAGUGAUGAGAUUUUAGGACACUUAUAUAUAUUUUUAGGGAAUGUCGUCUAUUAAAGCUUAGAAGAUCAAAAUUUUAAAAUGUUAAUUUCUGUUUUUUUUUCGAGUGAUAUUUUGGAAUUUUGGGCGGUUUGUUUUCAUGACUGGUCAUGUUUCUUGACGUUCACUUAUCCCAAAAUAUUUUAAUAACAAUAUCACAAUGUUGUGAUGU